CACCUAAAUACCAAAUUCAUCAGAGAGCAAAUAUGGCUGCCAUGUCCACCGAGUCGUGCUCUCAAGCUCUCACUGUCUUACUAGUAAUCCUCCAUAUCUUUGUCUCAAACUCUUACGCCGGAUCCAUUGUAGUUUACUGGGGCCAAAAUGGGGAAGAAGGCACACUCACAGCAGCAUGUGACACAGGAAGAUAUCGUAUCGUAAACAUAGCAUUCCUCUCACAGUAUGGCAAUGGCCAAACACCUCAGAUCAAUUUAGCCGGUCACUGCGAUCCAAGAUCAAAUGGUUGCGUAAAAGUGAGCACAGGCAUCAAAAAUUGCCAAAACAAAGGCAUCAAGGUCCUCCUUUCCAUUGGCGGUGCUGGUGGGAAUUAUGGACUAUCAUCAGAUGCCGAUGCUGGGAAAGUAGCUGACUACAUAUGGAAUAACUUCUUGGGAGGUCAAUCGAGCUCAAGGCCUCUAGGCGACGCCGUUUUGGACGGGGUAGAUUUCGACAUCGAGAAAGGCGGACCCCACUAUGAUGCGCUUGCUAGGCAGUUGUCUCAGUAUAGCCAAAGAGGGAGGAAAGUGUACUUAGGAGCAGCACCGCAGUGCCCAUUUCCUGACCAGUAUGUAAAUGGCGCAUUGUCCACUGGCUUAUUUGACUAUGUUUGGGUUCAAUUCUACAACAAUCCACAAUGUGAGUUCACCUCUAGCAAUCCCAAUGCCUUUAGGAACUCCUGGAAUAAGUGGACAUCAUCUAUACAAGCCAAUCAAUUCUUUGUUGGGCUUCCAGCUUCUACAGCAGCUGCUGGGAAUGGUUAUGUGCCUACAGCUGAUCUGAUAAACCAAGUGUUGCCUUUUGUUAAGAAGUCUCCCAAGUAUGGAGGUAUCAUGCUCUAUGCUAGGUUUGAAGAUGAUAAGACUGGAUACAGUUCUAAAGUUAUAGGCAGUGUUUAAUCCAAGUCAUGACUCAUGACCAUGAAAUGGUCUUACAAUAUAAGUAGAAUAAAAGUCUCAAAUUGGCUUAAUAAUAUUUCGACGGUUAAAUGUUUGAUACCGUUUGAAUAGUUGUAUGAUUUAAAAUACAAUGAUCGAUCAAUAUUCUCUAUAGAGACGAUCUUUAAAAUGUGUGAUUGUUUUUUAUGCAGUUCAUUAUUUGUGUG